GGAGGCAUCUUUUUUGUUUUUCUCAUGCGUGUUGACAUUCAACAUGGCGGCAUGUCGUCAGUGCUGUGCUGUGUCGUGGUGAGUUGAAAAAAAUCAAAUUUUCGUUGAAAACCCUUGAAAUUCUCAUUCAAACCUUGUGUAACUAAGAACUCCAAAAUUUAGCAUACUAUAGAAAAUUUGAAGUAUUCAGCGCAACUGACUGGCCUUAUAUACAAAUGAGUAAGAAAAUUAUGAGCAUCAUACGGCACAAUACGCACCCAGCACGCAUUGAAGACAUCUGAGGAUAUUUUAUUUAAUUUUUCAUAUAUACGUUUCAUAUAAAUUUUGAGUGACUGUGGAUUGUAAUUGUUUUUAUAUGUUAUACCUUCUCCUGAUUGUUUUUCCUCUGCCUUCCGUACAAAGAAAAUAUUGUGAACUUGUUGGUUGAUGCACCUAUUAUUAUAUAUACUGUAUAUUGUGAGAGUCACUUUUGAGUAAAGUGUACGGUUGCCAUUCAUAAACGUACAAGCAAACAGACCGUCUGUUGUGCUUGGGGGGAAGUUGACUAGAAAGAAGCAAAACUGAAAAGGAUACCUUUACACAUACACACAAUACUACGACAAACCAUUCUGUGAUAUUCACUACACUUAAAAGAAGCAAAUAAAGAGAAGCAAGAAAGAAAGAGUAGAGACCAAAAGCACACGCAAACGGACUAUGUCGACAAAUCCUCAGUGGAAGAGAGUCCAGCCGCCACCUGACAACAUCACUCAAGAUGCCAGUAUCAUGGAUUUCAAGUCAUUGACCAGUAAUGGCAAGACUCCAUCCCAGCAGCAUUUCUCACAGGUGGCGGCGGCCUACAACACGAGCCGCUCUUUCCCUGCCUUGAAUGAGAAAAGUGUUUCUCAAGGAUUGUAUUCUGGCGUUUCUUCGCAGCAGCCGAACGGCCUUUAUGGAUCAGCCAGCGCUACACACACAUCUACCAGGUUUCCUACUGUGGGCACAUUCGCUGUAGAUGCAAACAACGCCUACAACAGCGGCGAUGGCGGCCAAAUGUAUUCAUGCUCGAACGGCAACGGAUCUAGUUAUGAUUCCUCUAACUCGGCCAAUCUCGGCACCAGAGAAACCGGGAUCAUUGAAAAGCUGCUGCAUUCAUACGGCUUCAUCCAGUGUUGCGAGAGACAGGCUCGUCUGUUCUUUCACUUCAGCCAGUUCAGCGGCAACAUCGAGCACUUGAAAAUCGGUGAUCCCGUUGAGUUCGAGAUGACGUACGACCGCAGGACCGGAAAACCCAUCGCCAGCGCAGUCACCAAAAUCGCACCAGAGGUGAUGAGCGAGGAAAGGGUAACCGGAACGGUGACUACUGAGCUGAAAGUCUCGGAGGGUUCAGGCGGUGAUACGACGGGCAGAAUCAGCUAUGAGAAUAGAGGGGAGUGCUUCUUUUUGCCUUACACCAAAGAUGACGUCGAGGGUAAUGUGACGCUCAGGGCUGGCGAUCAAGUCAGCUUUCAGAUUGCUACUAAUAACCGUGGUAACCUGGGUGCAUGUCAUGUUCGACUGGAAAAUCCUGCGCAUCCAGUGAAAUAUCAAGGUGUGGUGUGCUCCAUGAAGGAGAGUUUCGGCUUCAUAGAACGCGCAGAUGUUGUCAAGGAGAUAUUUUUCCAUUUCUCUGAAGCCAAGACUAAGGAUGAACUGCGGCUUGGAGAUGACGUUGAGUACAUCAUUCAAACAAGAAACGGGAAAGAAGUAGCUUGCAACAUCACUCGCCUACCCCCUGGUACCGUCAUAUUCGAAGAUCUGAAGCCGGAAAUUUAUAAGGGGCAGGUGCAGAAAACCAUCGACAGAGGGCCGUCAAGAAAUCCAAGCGACCCCCUACCAGGCAGAAUUAAGUAUAGAGAUCUUCUCGAUCAUUCAGAAUUGGAAGUACCAUUUGGUGAGAAGGAUCAAGCUGGUGAUUUUACGUUGAGACACGGAGAUUGGGUGAGGUUUCAGGUGGCGACUGACAGACGAGACGGCCUUGACAGAGCUACGCAUAUCAUGCUGCUAGACGAGAGCUUUAAGGUCUCUGGUGAGAAACGUGAGCAGGGUGUCGUAGCCAUGAUCCGUGAAGGAUACGGCUUUCUGAAAUGCGUCGAAAGAGAGGGACGGUUGUUUUUCCACUUCAACGAGAUCUGCGACGUGGAAAGAGCGCAGGAGGUGCAAGUGGGCGACGAAUUCGAAUUCACAGUGAUCCAAGACCAGAGCAGUGCGACGAUGUUCAAUCAAAAUAGGCCCAGUGCAAUCAGAAUGAAGUUGCUGCCGCCGGGCACUGUGCAGUUCGAGAACCGGAUUGAAAAUGAUCUGACUGGUGUUGUUACCAAAGAGGUGGUUCCGCCUAGCUGGAAUAGUAACAGAAGUCCCACCAAAGAGAAGAAUGGAGAAAAUGGUGAACCGGGGUUGAUCGGUUACGCGUUGAAUGGCGUUAAAAAGAGCAUACCAUUUUACGUGAAAGACUGUGAUGCGAAACAUCUGCCAAGGAUCGGGGACAAGGUUCAAUUCAACAUAAAUCAAGUGAAAAGGAACAAGGAGUUCAUAGCCGUCGACAUUCAGAUAAUCCAAUCAGCCAAUCAGACGAACGGACUCAAGCAUAGCAUUACCAGAAAUAAUGGCCAGUUAUACCAAGGAUUUAUAGCCGCACUUAAGGACGGAUUUGGUUUUAUCGAAACUAUACAGCAUGACAAGGAAGUGUUUUUCCAUUUUAGCAAUUUCGAUGGCGAUGCAAACACCUUAGAACUAGGCCAGGAGGUAGAAUACAACCUGGGCAGCCGAACCGGUGGGAAUAGCGGCACUUGUUCGUCCGCAGAGAAUGUCAAAGUGGUACCAAGAGGUACUAUACAACUGCCUGCAGUUUCUGGGGAGGCGCUGGAAGGUACCGUGGUCCGACCAUUGCGAUCGGUCAAUCCGGAUCAGCAGGAAUACUCUGGCUUGAUUAAAGUGAAGACACCGGUAACAGAGAGUGGGGAAGAGAUAUCCGGAUCGCAACCGCAGGACUAUCAAUUUGGCAUUAUGGGGCUUGCUAACAAACGGGAAUUGUUGCAAGUAGGCGACCACGUGCAGUUCCAAGUAGAUUCGACAGGGCGCGCGGCGAACAUCAUCGCCGUGCGCAAAAAAUUGAGGGCCACGGUCGACGCCAUCAAGGGUCACUUUGGCUUCUUGGCGUACGAGGUGGAAGAGGGCAAGAAACUCUUCUUCCACAUGACCGAAGUCAAGGACAACGCCAGCUUGCAAGUCGGUGACACCGUUGAAUUCGUACUGGUGACCAACCAUAGGAGCGGCAAGUCGUCGGCUUGUAACGUGGUUAAAGUCAGCGAUGUGCAAGCCCGUCCGGAACGUCUAAUAAGCCGUCUGCGGACCAUCUCCGUGGACGACACCGGCCCCAAACUGAUGGUGAUACGGCAGCCGAAGGGUCCCGACGGCACGCGAGGCUUCGCCCUCGAGUCCCGCCAGAGGAAGAUAUCCAAUACAGCUCUUGUCGAAGCGGUCUAGAAGUUGCAUCCGUCACCCACUUUUUUUUCUCUCUCUAUAGAUAUAUACCUUUGUGACUCUUUCAGCGCUGCGUGAAAUCGGUAAACACUCCUACUACCUACUCCUCAUUCCUCGAUUAUCCCCCUUACAAAAUAUACACUGUAUGCUAUAGUAAAUUAAGUCUCACUAAGUAAGAAAGUAUUACGUUCGAGCGAGAAUAACACUGGAAGGGAUAUCAAGGUGGGUGAUUCACUUUAAAUACCACGUGACUCUAUGACAAAAUGCCUCUAAUCGCAUGUGUUUACGUGUCAGGUUCCAUCGAUCUCUUAUUCAGUCUGCAGCUGCUGUCGUUGGGUAAAUCAUUUUUAACAUUAGUUCGGAUAAUCAGACGUGACAAAGCUGUAGCAUAUAUUUUUCGCCAUAAUACCGUUUAAAAGUAUUUGAACACCCAGAAAACAAGGAAACUGAUGGAAGUUAUUGAAGAAAACAUUACAGUAUCUGUAUGAAACAUUUAUUUUCUUAAUUCUCAACAACAUACAACUAUUUAUAAUAAUCAUACUUUUAAUUGCAGCUUAGCAAAUGAUGGAUAAACGCGUAACUAAUUUUUGCAAGACUUUCAAAAUAUUUUGUUCUUCUUUUACUUCCAAAAAUUGUUUACAGAGCUUGGAUGUGUGUUUGAGGUCAUUAUCAUGCUGAAAUACAAACCCCGGACCAAUAAGGCGAGUCCCAGAAGGCACAACAUGAUUUUGUAGUAUGGCUUCAUAACCUUAUUUAUUCAGUAUUCCACAAAGUCCCCCAGAGCGGAACCACCAAAACAGCCCCAAUUCGGUCUCUUUUUUUGUUAGUAGUGGUUUCGAUACUGCUAUGCAUCCCUUAACUCCAGCUUCAAAUACCUUCUCUUAACUGUAGGCACACUCGCAGGUUUACUACGGCCCACGUUUAAGUCGGCAGCUAUUUCGGGUGCAGUUUUGCAUCUAUUGCUUUUACUUUUCAUUAUUAUGCUUAAAUAAUGCUGGAGGUUGUAACUCUGGGUCUCCCUGAACGACGGCUAUUGGAUGUUCAGCCUUGAGCCUUAAAUGACUUAACAAUGUAGUGUGCAGAUACAGUGGUACCUUCUGAAGUUGAGACAUUUCUCGAAUACUUUUGCCGGAUUUAUGAAGAGCAAUGAUAACUCAGAAUAUUCUUUAGUUUUAUCCAUUUUGUCCAGAAAAAAAUAAACGAAAACGCACUUGUUGAACAAUCUUGAACUAUAAGGUAUUGAAGCAUGGUUAGUUUAUCAAAUGAAAUAAGAUAACUGAAGUAACACUGUGUUAUGGGUUACGUACAACACAAAUGAACAGAAAUAAUCGAAAAACAAACCCUGAGAAAGGAUUCCUCUACAAAAAUAUAACAAUAUUCUAAUGGCACAGAAAUUCCUAUUAUGGCUAAUGAUGAGAUCCCAAUAAUAGUGUGAGCAAAUUUUGAUUUGAAUGACCUUUUAGUGAUGCUUGAUUUCCACGGUGAUGGUUUUCAAUAAAUAAGAAAAAUAAAUGCACACUUAAUUUUUUUGUUUAUGAUUUUAAUUGGAAAUAUGCAGGUGUUCAAAUACUUUUGAACGGUAGUGUAUAUGUGAGUUGUCUCUGUAUGAAGUAAAGGCUUAUGGUUUUUUGUAUAAUCAGAAAUUGUUACCAUACAUAUAAAUUUUGUUUUUUUGUUGAUUUUUUUUUAUCAAUUACCAUUUUGUUGGAGUUGUAUUGAAUAUUAGCUAUGAUCAUUUGUAUAUAUUUUCAUUUGCAAAAUGUACCUGAUACCGAAAGAGUCUGUAAUUUUGGGUGAAUCACCACAUACAUAGGAACAUAACUGCCAAAUUGGCAUCGUGUGUAUAAUUUAACAUAUAUUAUGUAACGAUAGUCUUUUUUGUUAAGUUACAGAGACAAAUUUAUUUGUCCGAUAAAGUAACGUAUUAAAUUCAAGGUUUUAAGUAAGUCGGCUAUUGAGUCCACAUUUUUGUAACUGUAAGUUAAUUUCUUUUUAUGUUUGCCCGGGAAAUGAUAGAAACUUAAUUAAAAUCUGUAGUUUAAUACUGAAUAAACGGCAUACUGAUUCUCAUUGUUCGAAAAUUGAUUAAAAAAACUGAUGCAUAUGUAAUGUGUAUGGUUGUAUUGGAGAAUAAAAGGGAUUAAGUUAUAUAUAGGGUGGUUAUUUUUUACAUUAUUAACACGAAAUCUAUGAUAGUCCCGGACAAGUAUUAACUGCACGGAUGCUUAGAAAACAAACUUUUACCAACAGAAUAAUGUUUUCAGGGGCCGCAAAAGGAAAAUGCUAUUUGUAGCUGAUGCGAAAAAGAUCAGUUAUAAUGGUUAAAAUAAUAGUUUAUUUUUCUGAAAAUUCAUAUAUGCUGCCAUGAACAAAAGACCACUUGACCACUGAAAAACCACAGGCUAAUCACACCCUACAUCCAAGAAAUAUACAGGGUGUUUCAAAUUCGACCCUCAUCAUUGGGAUCUCGAAAACGAAGUUGCUUAAAUGGGGGCAAAGAAAAUCAACGGAAUGCCGCUUAGAAAGUUUCGAAACUCAAAGUACUUCCGGAGAGAGACGGAAAAACAGAAUUUUCCCAAAAUCGUUUUAAUUUUUUCCUGUAAUGGGAUCUCAAAAUGAAUCGCACAUUAACAUUGCCACUUUUUCUCCUCUACAAGGUAGCAUAAUUAGAAUUUCACUAUGAUACUUCGUCAUUUGUCUUGCUUCCUUUAUUUUUUCUUAUGGACGCCAUACUGGAUUUUUGCGCAGAUGAAUUGAGUUCUUAAUUCUGAUUCCAAAAAUGUUGACAUUGUCAAACCUUAGUAAUUCCAGAAAAACAGAAGUUCCUAGGUAGGCCUUGAAACAAAGGACAAUCUGAUAAUUUCAAGGCCUACCUAGGAAAUUCUGUUUUUUUUAAUUAACCGAAAUUUGGCAAUGCCAAAGAAUGGUAUAUAUUGUUUGAAUUAGAAUUAAAAACUAUUCAUCUGUUCAAAAGUCCAAUAAGAAAAAAGUUGAAGCUGGAGGGCAAGAGACAAAACGUCAUAUUGAAAUUCUAAUUAUGAAAUCUUGUAGAGGAGAAAAAGUGGCCGAUGUUAAUGUGCAAGCUAUUUUAUAAUCCCACUACAAAUGUGGGAAAAAAAAUUAAACGAUUUUGGGAAAAUUCUUUUUUUUUUUUCGUCUCUCCGGAAGUACAGUAAAACCCCGCUUAUCCGAAAUAAAGUGGACAAUCGAUAAAACGAAAAUAAAUAUUUAGACUCAUAAUGGUUUUAUUGAAAAAAAUAAAUGCGUGUAUUGAAUACCUAAUUAUAUAAAGUUACGUAAAAUAUAAACAUGUGGAUACAAACAUACAUAUUUACGAGUAUUUAGUAACAAAGGAAGUAAUUUUUUAUGGUACACGUUUUGCAUUGUUCCUAUUCUUGGCAGCAAUAUGCCUCCAACGUUUGAUAAGUAGCACAUCAGCUGUCGCAUUUUCUUGUUGUUCGACGUAAGUCGGCGCCUUUUGUAGAGCUUCUAAUCCUUCAGAAUGUGAUAUUGCGUUUUAAAUUUUCUAAAAAUCCUUGAUCCAUUGGCUGAAUCGGUGACGUUGCAUAAGGAGGCAAAAACAUCACUCGUAUUUCUCCAGUUUUAAGUUGCUCUUCACUUGGGUGGAUCGGAGCAUUGUCUAAUAGCAAAAUACAUUUUCGCGUUCAUUCAAAUAUCGUUCGGUCUUGGAAACAAAAUGAUUGUAAAACCAGUCAUUGAAUAGAGCGGCAUCCAUCCAGGCAUUUUUUUAUUUUUAUACCACAGUGCAAGAGCGUUGAGACGGACGUGUUUAAAUGCUCUUGGUUUAGCUGAUUUUUCGGUUAACAACAAAGGAAGUUUGUGUGCACCGGAAGCAUUGCUACAAGCAGGAAUAGUCACACGUUCGCUACUGUAUGUCUAUUUUAAUUUUUUUCUGGAUUUAAGCCAUAUUGCUUCAUUAAUUCUUAAAAAUGUUCUGCAAAUUUUAAUGCAGGCAGAUAACUUUUCUCUGCAAACUUUUAAUUCUUUUAUACCGUGUCGUUGUUUCCAUCUAUGGCGCCAACCAUCAUUGGCUGUAAAGUUAUUAGGUGCUUCGAUAACUGGCAAUUCUUCACUUAAGAUGACUGCCUUUUGCCUUAGAAUUGGUCCGGAAAUUGGUAUUCCACGUUCUCGAUUCCGUGUAAACGACAUUAUCCACUUUUUGAUAUUCCCCUUUUUUCAUAGUUUUCCGAGAAGGCUGCGAUGAUGUCAGAACACGGGACCACUUUUCAAUUUUCUCGCAUUGUUUUUUCCAUUCUGAAUUGGUACUCACGCCCACAUCCAAAUCAUUUGCCACGUUUUUAAGCAAAUCACCUCUAUCUAAACGUCUGAUUGCCUCAAGUUUAUGUUCUAUGGUAAUAUCGCAUUUACGUUUAUUUUUAUGCUGCUCCGUCUUAGCGAUUAUGAACCUGACUGAAACAAACAUACACGCACACAUACUCGUGAAUUCCGCAAACGCGCUUGGAGAAUCACCGGCAGCGAAUCUAAUGACGCAAAGGCCGAAAUGGGAACUACCGGCGGCUAUUUCGGAUAAUCGGGGUUCUACUGUACUUUGGAUUUCAGAACUUUCUAAGUAGCAUUUUGUUGAUUAACUAAAUACGCAACAUUGUACCCAUUUAAGUGACUUCGUAUCUUUACGCUUUCCGAGUGUCGAAUUUGAAACACCCGGUAUACUGUAGAUGAUACUUAUUCAGUCCGUCUGUUUUAUGCUCUUCUAGAUCUAGGGAAGAGUUGAGUCAGAAAAUGACCACCCUGUAUGUAUUACAAACGUAAACAUUGAGCAAAUUUUAGGACUGGUGGAACAAAGAAAGACUGCAGAAAUGAUGACACUGAAAACUAGAGUGGAUUCUAUUCGUUGAAAUAUGAAGAAAAUGGUAUGAUUUCCAAGUAAAAACCAUUUUCUUGACAAGAUGCAAAAAUGUCAAAACAUGUCACGUAUGAGACUGCAAAUUUUUUGAGUUAAACCCUCAUUAUUCGAUUGGAAAUUUUUCAUCUUUCAUGUCGAAUGGUUUUAUAGCAAAGUUUAAUUUAGACAAAGUGACAACAUGACGAUCAUCAUUUCUAAAUAAAUUAAUUUUAUCGUUGACAAGAACAUUCUAUGACCUGAAAAUAAGGAAAUAAUAUCAAAAAGUCUCAGAACUUGCUUUGGAAAACCUGAAGAUGAAUUAUCCCAGGACAAACAUACAUUAGGUGUCUUUGAAGUGUCAAUAUUGUCAGCUGUGACAAAGAUGGUCUAUGCUAAAUAGUGUCCGACCGAAACUAGUAUUUCAGCAAAAACUGAAACUUCUAUCUGAGGAGUAUGAUAUGGGAGGUAAGAUAGUAGUCAAUUUCUAAAAAAAACUCGGUCUCUAUCAAUUAAUAUUAGCAAUAAUGUAAUUAAAAACAAAAAAACUAUGUAAUAAUCAGUGUUUAUCGGAUAUUAUUGAGACUUGCGUAAAGAAAUCUAAAACAGUACUACAUUUGACUCUUAAAACUCUAAAUAAAUAAUGAUUUUUUUUCCGACAGAAAUAUGUUGUUUCAACAUUAUUUAACCUUAAUUUAGACGGAAACCUAGUUUACUUUGAAAAUUUUUAUUUGUACACCGUUUAAAAACAUAAACGUUCAACUUUCGGAUGCUAAGUAUCAUCGUAAUACAUUUUUAGUCUUCAAAAAUUUUAUUGGUCAUGAUAUUUUAAACGAUGAACUAAUAAAUAGUGGUUUUCUAUGAGGAUUAUUCAAAGAUCAAAAACAAUAGCUAUUUCUGAGAGAUUAGUAACUAUGGCAUUAUUUAAGAAAUUUAGUUUUGAAUAUUCUGCCCGAAAUUGAGCCUGAACCGGAAUAAACCAAUAAUUUGUGAGUUGUCUACCAUCUUGAUUACAUAAAAAAGUCCCUAGAUUUCUGUAGGCUUACAAAACUCAAAAUAAAUUUCGGCGCAACAGGCCAUUAGAACGUAAUCUAAUAAGCAUAAUAGAGGGGUCCAAUGCAUAAACCAGUCAAGUCACACGAGGAAACAUAAAAACAUUUUUGAUGUAAAUUUUUUAAAAAUGUAUUUUUUUUAAUUACUGAAUGAGAUAAACUAAUACAUGUUUUAAUCCAAAUUUAAAAUAUAACACAUAGUUUUCAGCCAGAGUCAUAAUGUUAAAAAUUUAUUUUUCUAUAGCUUUCUUCUUCCAGUAAACACUUUAUUUGUGUUUUGUGGAAUCAGGGGCUGCACAUUCCUCUUGUCUUGGAUUUCAAAAAUAUUAAAUUGAUACAAAGAAACUGUUUCAUUUAAAUAAAAUUUCACUAUCCAGUUUUUCAUAGCGCAUUAUUCGAUAUUUUGAAUUCGUAAAUUUAUUGUUAAGGAUUCUUUACAAACAAGUGGGGAUUGAAAUUUAAAAAUAUAUCCUGCGCCACAUUGACAACUUUAAAGUUUUUGUUUGUAUUUCCAACAAUCUUUGAGUAAUCUUGCGGCAAAUAUUUAUAUUUUGUCGACCUAUCUUUUUUGUAUUUCUAUGAUCCAAAGCUUCUAUCGCACGGAAGGAAACAAUGCCCUGGUUCGGAGUUCCUGUGCUGUAUAAGUAGUUGCCAAUAAAGUGUAAAUGAAAUGCACUAAAAGUAAAGUAAGUUUUGCGUCGAACAGUUGUCAAAAAACAUAUGAGUCACUUAUUCUUCAAUGUGGUUAUCGAGAAAAUGAUGUAGCAGAAUGGUAACAUCAUUUUGUCGUCUAGCGGCUAAUGCUUCAUCACAUACAUGAAAAAAACUUUUUCCAGUACUUCCUACAUGGAUACAAAGUUGAAUUUUGUAGAAUUCUUCUCCACUGGAAGAUACAGAAAGGGGCAAAUUUUGUUGGAAAUCAAACGUUAUCACUUCUACACUUGGAUCGUUUUGAGCUAAAAUUGUUUUGUCUCCAGUAUUUGUAUAGAAAAUUUCGGCUUUUUUAACAUAUAAUUCUUUGUCUAUCCAGAACUGUCUCUUUUAUUUCUCAUUCUCAGCAGCAUUAAUUUGAUUCAUUGGUUCGUCACAUUUUUUGCAAGUGUCUAACUUUGGUUUGCCAGAAGACAUUUCAAACUUUUUUGUGAAAAACUUUGUAUAAUAUUCAUAUUCUGCAAUAGGCUCAAUGUCAAUAACAACAGGUUCAUAAAUCAUAUUUUGACUGACAGCAUUGUGCAAAAACCACUCAAGUACAGGACUUGACCGGUCUUUGCAAAGUGUAAAAGCGUAGAUAACCAAUUAUACAUUUCAGUUUCCACAAUUUGAACGGUUCAGAAUUUAAAACUGUGCAAGAAUAUAAACCCAACUCAUUUUGCCCAAAAAAUGGACUUGGUCGGUUUAUGCAUUGAACCCCUCAACUGAACAGUCUGAUAUUAUGAAUAUGAAAUGAAUAUCAAUUUUUCAACAUUUUUUUCUAGCAAAUUUGAACUUUGCUCUGAAAGAGUUGCUUGAAGGCGCCUGAAAACAUACGAACGUAGUUUCGGGUGCAGUUUCGGACCGAAAUUUCGGUCGGACACUAAUGCUAAGACACCAGCUAAAAUUGCUUCCGGGCUAGACGUCACCAAAAGAAUCAGUAUUUUAAACAAAUUAAAUCUCUAUGUAAAAACUGACUUAUGGGGUCAGCAUCAAAGAAUCAGCUUACCAAAACACCAAAGACCGUAGUGACUUGAUGUGUCUUAGGGGAAAGUAGAUUUUCCAUUGCAUUUGCGAUCUUCAGAUUUGUGCUGAAAAUGUUGUCUUGUGCCUAUAAGUUAUUCUUGUCUCGAAUAAUCUGCGACGGAGAUGUAAAAGUUAGGACAAGAAACACAUUUAUUUCCUUCUUAUUUCAUUUACUUGUAAACUACAUAGCUGUAGCUACUCUUCAUAUACAUGAAGUUCAAUUUUUUGAACAAAGCCAAGUUAAGCUGCGCUUCAAGAAAAAAACUAGAAAACGUAAAAAAUACACAAGUUAAACACUGCUUAGUAAACCAAAAAAAGAAAAAAAAUGAUAAUCCAUUGACAAAUAUAAAUACAAUGAAUUUAUUAUUAGGAUAAAUUGAGUUAAGGUAUUAGAUGGUGAUCUAGAAGACUGCAUCCUCAAGUAAAAUUUAUAUAAGAUCUUUUUGUAUUUUUGUUUUCAACUCCGUUUAGGUGUUAACUUAGAUAGCAGUACCUGCAGCAGCAAAAACAGUUGUCUCAUUUUACGAUGCUUGAAAAAUUUGAAACCGAGUGUAACAAAUGGAAUAGAAAAGUCAUAAAUUGAAAUUGUUGUAUUUUCAAACUGCUUUGUAGAAAAGCCUAAGAGUCUCACUACUUUUAAAGUUUCACAGAUCUAUCUUAUAUUUACACUGCAGUAAAUAUUGUCCUAUUAUACAGGGUGUUAAUUAAGUAUGUACCAGAAAUUUAACAAACGAUUCUUUGAGUAAUUUUAAGAUAAACAGUUCAUAUAUAGUUUCGCAAAUUGGAAAAUGGUUUUUACUUACUUUGUCUCUUAUAAUUACUCAAAGAACCGUCUGCUAAAUUUACGGUACAUACUUGAAUUAACAUUGUUUAUAAUCUGAGAAAUUUGUGCUCUGGACAUCCAUAAAGCGCAUACACGCGGUUGUUACACUCUGUGACGAAAUAGCGACUCCGUAGUGAGUUAAGUAUUUUAUACCGUUAUAGUGUAAGGAACAUUCUGAGCAAUUUGCAAAUAUUUCGUAUACUAUAUACCGACAAGCUCAGAAUGUUCUCUAUAAUACUAAAGUAGAAGCACGCUGUAAUAUUGCCGAGUAAUGUGAUAGAAAAAUAUCGCCAGCUGAUUUCCAAACAUCAAGCUAUUUAGAGCUACUCUCCUCCAUUUUUGGUGUUAGGUAGGUACCCACUUGUUAUUACUAACUUGUAUAUCGGUUGGUGUAGGUACUGUGGUGCAGUUUUUGAGGAGUAAACUACAAAAUAAUUCAAUGUGGAUUAUCUUUCUACUUGUAAAUUGUUUUGAUUUCAAAGAAAUAAAAUAAAUAUAUAAGUGAUACUAUUAAUAGA